AUGGCUCCCAACCUGGGUAGCGAAAUUAUGCUCUGCAUCGAUGAUAUAAAAUCUGCCGCGACGGCCAAAUUACCGUUCAUCGUCCGAGAAUUCUACAACUCCGGAUCCACGCAGCAAGUGACGGUCUCGGAGAACUCAUCAGCCUAUAACAAAUACCGUCUGCGUCCUCGCGUCCUCGUCGACGUGUCCGGUUUGGACAUCUCUACCACCGUGUUCGGUCAGCGCAUCGCCUCCCCCCUGGGUCUCUCACCCACCGGCAUCCAAGCCAUGGCUCAUCCCGACGGCGAACUGGCAACUAGUCGGGCCUGCGCGCGUCGUAAUGUCCCCAUGGGCGUGUCCUCGUUUGCGAACCACUCCAUCGAAGAAAUCACCCAAGCUGGUGAGGCUAUCGGCCCUGCCAUCCACGCCAUGCAGGUCUAUACAAUGCGUGACCGCGCCAAGCAGGAACGUAUUAUCCGCCGCGCUGAAGCCUCAGGGUGUAAAGCUAUCUUCUUGACAGCGGAUAGCCCGAUCCUGGGCGUGCGGUAUACCGAGGUCAAGCAUGAUUUUCGCACCCCGGCGGGGCUGUCGUUUCCGAUGAUCGAGUGGGAUUCGGAGACGAUUCAGAAUCAAACGCAUGAUGCGGGUUUCGUGGCGUUUAAUUCGGAUGCGCAUUCUUGGGCUAAUGAGAUUCCGUGGUUGAGAUCGGUUACGAAGAUGCAGAUCUGGAUUAAGGGAGUCUUGACGGCGGAGGAUGUUCUUCUGGCGAGACAGUAUGGCUGUGAUGGCGUGCUGGUGAGUAACCACGGCGGACGACAGUUGGAUGGCACGCCGGCGACGAUCGACGCGCUGCCGGAAUGUGUCAAGGCCGCUGGAGGGCAGAUUCCCGUGCAUAUCGACGGUGGGAUUCGGACUGGGAGCGACAUGUUCAAGGCUUUGGCAUUGGGAGCCGAGUGUUGUUGGAUUGGGAGGCCAACGCUGUGGGGAUUGGCGUAUGAUGGCGAGAAGGGUGUCUCUCGAGUGUUGGACAUUCUUUAUGACGAGUUCAAGCGCUGUAUGCAAUUGACGGGCUGUCGCACGUUGGCCGAUGUUUCGACGGCUUCGAUCGGGGUCUUGCGAUCGGAUGGGCCGUUGGCUCGUCUUUGA